AUGCUACAGGAUGUUGCAGUGCAGUUGGGGUUGCCAGUGGAUGGGGAGCCUCUGACAGGAUCAUUAAGAUGGAGUGGUGCUCUACCUGCAUCUGAACAGUCAGUAAAUAUGUUGCUGACAUAUCGAAGGACAUUUGAUCGGCUGAGGCGGUCUCAGGUUAAAAAUAAGAUAAUUUUUUGUCUGCUCGCCUAUUCGUGUAUUUCGUCGCAUUCCGUCUUCGUCUACUGCUCUGCAUUUCGUUUUCGUGUACAUUUCGUUUUCACCACUUCAUUUCUUCACUUCUUCCAUUCUCUGUUCGUCAUUUUGUCUUCGCCCCAUACCCCUGACUGUUCGUCAUUUCGUUUUCGCCCUUCGCCCUUUCGUUGUCACUCGCCAGUGCUCUCCACUCGAAUAACCUCAGAAUUUGCUAGAAAAUGGGUUCCCUUAUGCAAAAAGUACAGCAUUGAGCCACGAGCACCAAAGUGGUAUUUUGCUCUGAAGAUUGAUUAUUUAAAGGACAAGGUUCAACCAUCAUUUGUGAAGGAGCGGAGAACAAUGAAGGUUUGAAGGAAGGAAAGGUAGUAUGUUGUGGAAGUGGGCCAUUCAGUGGGCCAUUCAAAGAACUACAUUAGUAUGUGCUUUAUCCUCUGUUAAAGAUGCUCCCAUUAAAACUUAGUUUAGCAGUUUAAUUAGCUAUUGAGAAAUUGAUUGUUUUUGUGUGUAAUGUAAAAGGGUGGGUGAAUUUGGUUUUUCAAUUGUUUGUUUU